AUGGAAAAUGGUGACAGGGUGGAGGAAUUGGAGAAUGGUGACAGGACAGAGGAAUUGGAAAAUGGUGACAGGGUGGAGGAAUUGGAAAAUGGUGACAGGGUGGAGGAGUUGGAGAAUGAUGGAAUGGAAAAUGAUUAUAGCAGUGAUGAAGAAGAAUUAGCAAGCUACUCUGAGCAAAAAUCCAUAAUCAAAUUUUUGAACUCAGCUAACAUUAGCGAUUUAUGUCGAGUAAAAGGAUGUUCAUUGGUUAAAGCAAAGAAACUUUGUCACUUACGUCCAUUUGAUUCAUGGAAUGAUCUGAUGGAUAAAAUAUCACAGGCAAAGCACCUGACUAUUGAGCUUGCCUUGGAGUGUCUAAAUGUAUUAAAACAACGAGAAAAGAUGGAAGAACUAAUAAAGAAAAGUGAAUGUAUCAGUAAAAGCAUCGAAGGUCUCUUUGAAAUGAAAAGAUGUAAUCACGAGAAUAACGGGAGUGACUCGACAUCGUCCAUGUUAGUUGUUAAAGAAAAAUACGCUGUCUCUGAACCAAGUCUCGUGGCUUCUGGGUUUAAACUCAAGUCUUAUCAACUAACCGGUCUGAACUGGCUUAUUGCGUUACACAAACGAGAUGUUAAUGGAAUUUUAGCUGAUGAAAUGGGAUUGGGUAAAACUAUACAGGCAAUUGUCUUUCUAGCGUAUCUAAUCGAGCAGAACGAAGGACCUCAUCUUAUUGUAGUACCAUCUUCAACACUUGAUAAUUGGAAAAGAGAACUGGAGCGUUGGUGUCCUUCAAUCACGUGUUUACUUUAUUACGGGUCGCAGGCCGAGAGAAGAGCAUUUAGAGACGAAGUGCUGUAUUCCGAACGCAAAUUUCAGAUACUGCUUACAACUUACAACAUGGGAGUAAGUUCAUCAUUUGACUCAAAUUUUCUAAGGAAAUUGAAAUUUCAUUACGCUGUUUUUGAUGAAGCACACAUGCUGAAAAACAUGAAAUCUCAACGUUAUCAACAACUCAUGCGGAUCAAGCCACGUAGGAUGCUGUUGUUGACCGGUACUCCGAUACAGAACAAUCUUCUUGAAUUGAUGUCAUUGCUGUAUUUCAGCAUGCCUGAUGUAUUUGCGCAGAGCAUGGAUGGAAUUAUUUUGUUGUUUGGUGAAAAUCACAAGAAAAAAAACAUCGAGGAUUCUCCGUAUGAACAGGAAACAGUUGAUCAAGUGAAGCGUAUAAUGGCACCAUUUGUUUUAAGACGAUUGAAAAAUGAUGUGCUAGGUAACUCCCUUCCCCCGAAACAUGACCAUGUUAUCGAAUGUGAGCUCACUCCACGACAAAGAACUGUGUAUGACAACGCAUACACUGAACUUCGUAAGAAUCUGGAGUCGGGAGAGGCAUUUUCAGGCAGUAGCGGUUUGGGUUGUCUUACUGAGUUACGAAAAGCUGCAAAUCACUCCCUUCUCCUUAGGUCCCAUUACAAUGAUGAGAUUCUGCAUAAAAUGGCAGUAAAAUAUUGCAAGGAUCCAUGUCAUCGCGAUUCUGAAGUGAAAUUUGUUUUCGAAGAUCUACAAGUUAUGUCAGAUUUCGAAAUCAGCAGAUUUUGUCGCACAGAACGGAGCGUUAAAGAUUAUCACCUGUACGAAGACUUCCUGAUGGAAAGUGGGAAAUUACGCUACAUUGACAAGAUUCUACCGGAUUUUAAAGAGAAGGGAGAUCGCGUUCUUCUGUUCAAUCAGUUCACCUUGACGAUGGAUAUUCUUGAAGUUUAUUUGCGAAUCAAGGGUUUCAAAUACUUGAGAUUUGAUGGAUCUGUAUCUGUGGAAGAAAGGCAAACUCUUAUCGAUAAAUUCAACGCCGAUAACAAUAUAUUUAUAUUUUUGCUGUCAACUAAAGCAGGUGGCCUGGGUAUUAAUUUAACUUCGGCGAACGUCGUUAUCCUCUUUGAUUCCGACUUUAAUCCUCAUAAUGACAAACAAGCGGAAGCUAGAUGUCAUCGUUUGGGACAGACAAGAGAGGUGAACGUUUAUAGACUGAUUUCGACAGAUACCAUCGAAAAUACGAUUUUGAAAUGUGCCAAUGAGAAAAUACGUCUACACGAAGAUGUUUCAGGAAAUCAGAGCAGUGAUCAAAAGAGUAUUGAGGGUUUUCUUACUUCGCUGUUCGGAUCGACGAAAACUGAGAAAAAGAAUAUGUAUGAAUGAAAUUACGUAAAAUUUCAAUAAUUAAAUAUAUAAUAAUGUAAAAACUUGACAUUUUCAAAGAAAAACUUAAUAAUUUUUGAGGAUUGAAUUUUCUCAAUGAAAGCAAUGAAUGUGAAAAACAUACGAUUGCUAUUAUGGAUAUAAGUAUGAAAACACGCGAUAUUUAUCACGGUUUGUGUAUUUUAACACGUGAUGGUGAUCAUAGAAGUAUAUUCACACGUGUUAUUACUUUACUUAGAGGUAUAUGGACAUUAGAUUUUGUUAUUAUGACCCAGGCCUCUAAAUGUCACCGAUCGUUAUCCAGUAAUAUUUUUCAUUUUGACCAGCAAAUGAAAAUCUCAUGAUUAUAUACACGUUC